AUGAUGAAAGGAGAGUCUGAAUUAAUCCAUCAACAUACUCCUCUUGAUCAACCCAAUGAACAAUGGGAUUAUUGUGCCCCUAAUCAUCCCUCCAAGACAUUAAUCACCGAAAAUCGCGCUAAUAAUCCUGAUCAAAGAAAUGAACUUUCCCAAUGGGUUGAGCAAGUCACUAGGCAACUCAUUGAAGAUUUGCCUGAAAAUGAAACUGAAGUAGGCUUACAGACUAGUGGUACAAGCACAAUGACCCCUGCAUUAUUGGGAGAGCUAAGGCCUAAGAAAAUUGCGCGAAGAAAUUCUUCAGAGGACAUUGGAGAACAUCAACAACAACAACAGCAUCAAUGGAACUCUAAUACUCAUGAUGAUCAAGGACUAAACUUGAUCACACUUCUUUUGGAAUGUGCUGUUGCUAUAUCAGUAGAUAAUUUGGGAGAAGCUCAUAGAAUGCUACUUGAGUUAACACAAAUGGCAUCACCAUAUGGACCAUCUUGUGCUGAAAGAGUAGUGGCUUAUUUUGCCAAAGCAAUGGCUAGUAGAGUCAUCAACUCAUGGUUAGGAAUAUGUUCCCCUUUGAUCAAUUACAAGAGUGUUCAUACUGCUUUUCAAGCCUUCAACAACAUCUCACCAUUCAUAAAAUUUGCACAUUUCACCUCUAACCAAGCAAUCCUUGAGGCAUUCCAUCGUCGAGACAGAGUCCAUAUCAUUGAUGUAGACAUCAUGCAAGGUCUACAAUGGCCGGCUUUGUUUCACAUCCUCGCCACUCGUAUGGAAGGGCCUCCACAUGUUACAAUGACAGGAAUAGGUACAUCAAUGGAACUUUUGAUUGAGACAGGUAAACAACUUUCCAGUUUCGCCAAACGCCUUGGAAUGUCAUUUGAGUUCCAUCCAAUUGGGGGGAAAACAGGGGAAAUCGACAUAUCCACGUUCAAAAUUAGCAGGGGAGAGGCUAUAGCCAUACAUUGGGUGCAACACUCUUUGUAUGAUGCCACUGGCCCUGAUUGGAAAACAAUGAAACUCCUCCAACAACUAUCACCAAGAGUUGUGACACUAGUAGAACAAGAAAUAGCACUAGGGGGUAGUUUCUUGGACCGAUUCGUGGGAUCCCUUCAUUACUACUCAACCAUAUUCGACUCGUUAGGAGCCUUCUUGGAGAGUGAUGAUUCAAGCAGGCAUAGUGUCGAACACGGCCUGCUUUACAGAGAAAUCAAUAACAUAUUAGCAAUUGGAGGGCCAGCAAGAAAUGGGGAGGAUAAGUUUAGGCAUUGGAGAAGUGAACUAUCAAAAAAUGGAUUCAUACAAGUGCCAAUGAGUACAAAUUCAAUGGCACAAGCUCAAUUGAUACUAAAUAUGUUCCCACCAGCUCAUGGUUAUAGCCUAGUACAAGGUGAUGGAACAUUAAGGCUAGGGUGGAAGGAUACUAGUUUGUUUACUGCAUCUGCAUGGACCUCUCCAAAUUCUAGAUAA